CCGCGCCGCAUCGCUGGGUGCAGCGCAGCGCAGAGCCGCGGCCCUUCGGCAGCCGAGCAACAGCGGCAGUCUAAGAAUGUUGGGCUGAAGAAGCCAAUUACCAACCCCGCCUCACACCCCAGUAGUAUACUGGCUUACCCUGAAAUAAGGUCAGAGUUGAAAUAAGUUCAGGACGAAGAGACGUGGCAGGCCGCUGGGCAUUCUGGUGCCAACAUGGCAGAGAAGGUGAACAACUUCCCGCCGUUGCCCAAGUUCAUCCCUUUGAAGCCAUGUUUCUACCAAGACUUCGAAGCAGACAUCCCUCCCCAGCAUCUCAGCAUGACUAAGCGCCUCUACUACCUCUGGAUGUUGAACAGCGUCACGCUGGCCGUGAACCUGGUGGGCUGUCUCGCGUGGCUGAUCGGAGGCGGGGGAGCCACCAACUUUGGCCUCGCCUUUCUCUGGCUCAUCCUCUUCACACCCUGCUCCUACGUCUGCUGGUUUCGGCCCAUUUACAAGGCCUUCAAGACCGACAGUUCCUUCAGUUUCAUGGCAUUCUUCUUCACCUUCAUGGCCCAGAUGGUCAUCAGCAUCAUUCAGGCUGUGGGCAUCCCAGGCUGGGGCGUCUGCGGCUGGAUCGCCACCAUCUCCUUCUUUGGCACGAAUGUCGGCUCAGCAGUGGUGAUGCUCAUUCCCACCGUCAUGUUCACAGUCGUGGCUGUCUUUUCCUUCAUCGCCCUCAGCAUGGUUCAUAAGUUCUACCGGGGUAGUGGUGGGAGUUUCAGCAAAGCUCAGGAGGAGUGGACCACCGGGGCCUGGAAGAACCCACAUGUGCAACAGGCAGCCCAGAACGCAGCUAUGGGGGCUGCUCAGGGUGCCGUGAACCAGCCGCAGACUCAGUAUUCCGCCACCCCCAACUACACAUACUCUAAUGAGAUGUGAGCUGUGGAGCCUCCCGGAGGCAGGGCUGGGGGCCAGUGGGGUGGGGCUCAAGCCACAUCAUGUGUUGUGGUCACCAAGCAGGGUUCUCUUUCCCCUUUUCUCCUCCCCAACUUUGUACAAAGAAUCAGAGUUAUAUAUAUAUAUAUAUACACACACACACACAAACGCGUGCGCGUACACACACACACGUAUCUGUCUCUCCCCUCCCCCACCUUUUGGAUUCUGCUCUCGGCACCCCGAGAGCUGUGGGCUGCACUUGGAGCUGUCCCAUGCGGUGGUAGCUACGUCCGUGUCCCUUGUGAAGUAGUGUGCAGUGGAGGUCUCCGUUGUUGUGGUGCUAGAUGUAUGUUUAGAACUAAACCAGCUCCUCACCCUCCACCAGACUGCCCUCUUUGAUUGUGGCCCAGGGACCCGUCAUGGGACGGGGGAGACACAGCAGAGAGCCUGGCCCCCUCCCUAGGGUUAUGAACUGAAACCCUUUCCACUUUCGGUCUUACUGGGAAGCAACAGUAUUUAGCGCUCCUGGUAGUGGGGGGGGGGUAGGUUGGGGGUCUUCUCUCGCGCCUUCUGACCCUGGUCUCCCCCUCAAGCUCUCCCUGUCCCCCCUCUCCUCCCUGCUGUCAUUUCUCUGUGGUCUCCUUUCCUGCCAGGCACUCUCCUCCCCAUGUGGCAUUUCUUUUGUCUUCUCCAAUGCUCAGUGUCCCAGUUGUAUCUAAUUUCUGAGACUGAGCCCAUUCCCAGAUCAAGGAAGCAUUGUCAGGGAGCUACACCUUUGACCUGUGGUGGGUGUGGCCCAUGGCUGAGAAGCUGUGCUCACCCGGGGCGGGCGGGCGCCUGGUUGCCAGGGGAUGGAAAUGCAGGUCUCUCUCCUUGGUUCGGGAGUGUGGCCUGCAGGGGCAGGCUCCUCUUCUUCCAGCCCUGCUUCUGCCCUUUUAUUCCUAGAGCUCCCUCAGUCCCCUCUCUCUGUGUCCCUCCUGGCACCCUCAGCUGCUGUGACCUGGUUCUCCUACCCACAUCCAGGAGGGCAGAUUCCACUGCCCUCCCUGAAGAGAUGGGUGAUGUCCAAGCACUUUUCAGAAAAAGGUGCAGUUGGAACAGAUGCUGUGUAAAUAACCGCUGGUGUCUGGGCGAGGUCUGGCUGGCCCAAGCCCACUGGGCAGAUACUGGGUGUCUCUGAGCAGUAGCUGUUCAGUUGGGGGUUGGCAGAAGAGAUGGGAAUAGAGGGAUGGGACAAGAGGGAGGUCAGAGGAGGAGGCAGGCAGGACUGGGUGAGAGGCAAGCAUCCCUUCUCCUUUCUUUUAGCUUGCUUUUGGUCACAGGGCAGUGGGCCCUGAGCUCAGCCCAGGAAGAAGCAGAGGUCCAUGUUCUUUGCAAGUACAAGGCUGGAAUGGGAUUGCAGUUUAGGUGGAAGGGUCCUAACUUGCUGCCCUCUACUGGACUUGGUUCUUGGCCCUUCUUCACCCUGUUAGAACCCCUUGCCCCUUUGAGGAUGGUGAUCUCAGGCCUAUCAGGCUGUUGUGUUCUAAGCCUCAUGGGGUUGUGACAGCACUUGGCUGCCUGAGACCUGGAGGGGAGCAGGCUCUCACCCACAGCGGCUGCCUGUUUCCCACCACCUUUUUACCUGGAGUCUUUGGCCUGAAAACACAACCCCCUCUUGGCCACGUGGGACUGGCUGCAGCUUGGAAUGCAGCAUGUGGCCUUCCAGUGCCAUCCUGAGUUUUGAGUUCCAGACACUAUUUCCCUGUAAGCGGAGUCUGGAACGUUCUCCUAGUCCCUUAGUUUUGAGCCACAGAGAGUGAUAGGUUCUUUCCACCAUCACUUUCUCUCUGGAAGCAGUUGUCACAGUCCCAAUUACCUGAAGAGAGACCCUAGGUCUAGGCUCUUUUCCCCCGACUCUCUCCCACCCUGGACUUCUGUUUCCCCUUUCUGUAGUCUCUCUGGUAGAUCCACGAGGCUCAUGGUCUAGCAGUCAGCCCAGGACCCAUGGCCCAUGACCCAUGACCCAUGCCCCAUGCCACCUCCAGUCAACUUUCUGCCCUUUCCUUUUCCCUGGCUUAGACCUAGAUAGCCCUGAUUCUGCCCUAGGGAAGACCUGUUACCUGUGUGUGGCCCAGCUUGUCCAGACCUUGGGAUGCUGCAUCUCCAGGCAACUAUGCACUUUCCUGGGAAGAGAACCCAUAUGAGAAGUGGGGGUUGGGUAGAUUCAUUUCUGUUAAAUGGUCUGGCUUGGGGAUGGGGUGGAAAAAGGCCCAAGUCAGUUCUGGGAAUCCACAGGUCUGCAGCCAGCCAAUGACCUGCUUUUGCAUUAUUGGUGCCCACUGCUUCUCCUUGUCUCUGAGACAUACAGACCAUUUUCCAGUUGGCAGUUGACCUGCCUGAGCCAAUGUGUCUGUCUGUGGUAACUGAGAGAACCAUAAUAAAGGGGAACAUUUGGCCCUGUGUGA